AUGGCCCGUGGCAUUGACGAAGACCUGGAUUGGUGGGAGUCGCCAUUCCUCCAUCUCGGUGGUGCAGGAACUCAUUAUCCGCGACGGGACGCUGCCGGCAACGUAAAGUCUGUCAGAAACGGAUGGAACGUACGGCAAAUUGGGCCAACAGAGAACAAGGUGCUCAUAAUAGAGAAUACAGAAGACGGUAGGAGUGAAGAGCUACGCGGCGUGGACCUCCGUGGAUACGAGGGGGAAUGGUUCGAUUGUUACGACGUACAGGGCUACUUGGAAGAAAGAUACUCGUGCAAGCUCGACCCGAAGAGCUCGUUCGCCGAGUGUGUUAUCGACGUUGACGACGAAGAACUGUCCAGAACCCCGAAUAGUACACUGCGGCAACGGCCACACAACGCGACGAGUCUGCCUCCUCUUCACCAGAACUCCGCCAACGGAUCGGCAGCUCCGUCAACCACCUCGACAAAUCCGCCAAACAACUCUUACAACAUCGCGGAUAGUGGAUCUUAUGGGCUAGACCUGUCUUUUGGGAACACCGGUGAAUACCCUAGGCUUGUCAACUACGAAAUCUCAUAUGAUCAGACCCUGGGUUUGGAUCUCGCACCUGGGUAUGAUUAUGGGUUUUCGCAUACACCCGCCUUUAACAUGGACAACAUAGAUCUGGGCAUGAACAUGAUGAGCGAUGUAGCGGCAGCUCUACCAGUGGUGAGGCAGAAACGGAAGAAGACUGCCUGGCUAGACGUUUCGAAGCUGAUUGAUGAGAUCAUUAUACAUGGCGGCGGCGUGUACCAGCAGAUCAUCGAGAAGGUGAUCCAGACCUCGCAGAAUGACUUCGAGGAGUCGGGCGUCGAUCAUAGCACGCUCGACGAGAUGAAGCAGGGCUGGCAAGAGAGGCUAUCCGCUCUCAAGAUUGCUCACUUCCCAUGGGACCCUGCUCCUGAGCCUGUUCGUCAGCCGCCUACGGUACCGUCCAACGUAAAGGUUGACAAUGAUAUGCCUUCCGUGUCCGGACCUCAGGAGGCUCUCAACUUCCCCAACGUGCCCGUGAAGCAAGAAGGAGGAUACCAGCCACCAGUUGCUAACUACCCUCCUGCUCAGACUGCGAACAACGGCUACGGCGGUACUUAUGAUCAAAACCAGCAGCUCGCGCACCAGCGUGCAGCUGCUCUGGUACAGCAGCGAGUGCAACAGCAAGGACAUGUGCAGCAGAACUUUCCCAAUCUGGCGCAACAGGGCCAUCUGCCUCAAAUGCCUAUGCAGAACCAGCAACAGCAGCAACAGCAACGCAUGAUGGCGCAACAGCAGCAGCAACAACAACAGCAGCAGCAUCAACGGCCUCCACAACAACAGCAGCAGGGAAUGCCACAGCAGCGUCCCCCACCGCAAAAUCACAUGUACACCUCACAGACUGAUGGUUCGGGUGAUGCUAUGGCUGACUGGGAGGCCUUGAAGGCCGCACGCGCUGCUGAUGCAGUAGAGCGCAUGGCGGCGGACGACUUCAUGCGUUCUCGCGUUGAUGCCAUGGCUAUGCGUCAGGACAGUGGUCUCAUGGUACCGCUCGAUUCGAUGCCAAAGGGCAGAAAGCGCAAGGCGGCUGUGCGUGUCCUGCAGGCCGAAGACGCAGAGGCCUCGUCAAGCGCACCGGUUCCUGCGCGCUUCGACGGUGACGACGACGUGAAGCCAGAAGAAGAUCCGGAUGACGCCAUUAAUUCUGAUCUAGAUGACUCCGAGGACGAACUUGGGGAUGGCGAUAACAGCGACGAUGAAAUGGUCGACUAUAUGCUAUGCACCUACGACAAGGUCCAGCGCGUGAAGAACAAGUGGAAGUGCACGCUCAAGGACGGCAUCUUGACCACGAACAAGAAGGAGUAA